GACGCGUUGGCCCCCCCCUUUCUAAGUAUCCGUUGUUAAUUACUCGACUGCUCGAAUCGAACCCUUUUCCUUAUCCAUUGACUGUUAUACUACGAUUCGAUUUUGUUUUGAUAAGAUGGUGAAUCGCCGAGCUAGUGAUGCAGACCCUCCUUCCACACCUAUCGUGCCUGUUGUGAAGAGAAAGCGGCGGGCGUCGUGCCUUGGGGAGCAGGAACGCCGGGAACGGAAAAGAGCUAUUGAUCGAGAAGCACAAAGAUCUCUGCGAGAAAAGACAAAAACCCACAUUGCCGAAUUGGAACGCACUAUUCAGAUCUUGCGGGAUCAGGAUCGAAAUGGAGCGACGGCAAGUCUUUUGUCCGAAAUCGACGGGCUGAGAGCAGAGAACGAGAGGCUUCGAGAUGUAAUUGAUAGUGUGAAGAGCGUGGUUGGGGGUGAAAUAUUCCCAAGGGGAGGGCAGAAUCCUGCAUCUGCAGUUCCAGAUGCUUCGCCAGGUGCCACUGGUGUCGGUCAUCAAUCUCCUAAACCAAAACCGAAUUCCACAUCGAAUACGGAAACCCAGGGCGACAGAAAGCCUCAGCUACAUCCGCUUGAACCACUGAUGCCAGACCCCAUGCACAAUCAGUUUGAGUCCAUCAAUUUCGGCGAUGCGCCAACGACUAGGGGGAGGUUGGAUUUGGACGGAAUGACAGUCAUGACCGACUUGGCAUCUGAACAUUCUAAUCUCGGUCUUCACCUCGACCUCGAUCCUGUGCAAGAGAUCUCCGAAGAGGGAAAUAUUUUAGAUGUCCCCGAUUCACCCACAACGGCCGCCUUUGCGCCCUUCAUGUCCGAAAUAUUCGGUCCCUCGUGGCGGUGUCCUAGCCCCGUAAUCCUCCACAUCGGAAACCCAGCCCGACCCGCCACACCCUCAACCCAAAAUGCCUUAUGCCCGAUUUGGAAGAAGAGCAAUGAGUUGUUUGGAAAGGUGUUCAAUUAUCGACCUGGUACGGCCACCCUCAACGCAGACCACAUCGAAGCUGGUCUGCUCUAUCUCGGUAUCAAACAAGGGUGGGCCUCAUUUAACGAGUGGAUGCAGAGUCCGGCAUUGAAAAUCCUGAAGGAAGUCGAUGAGUUUCUAUUUUGCAAUCUACCAAGAAUGGAGAGGCUCGCGGUAGCUUACAAGAGCUUCAAACUGUUGAAGUAUUACCUUAAUGCCACCAAAGAAGAACUCGAAAAAGUUCCUGAAUGGCUCCGACCCAGCCCUUCUCAAGCUCGCACCAAGCACCCAAUUGCACUUGAUUUCUUUGCCUGGCCAACUCUCCGAGACCGCCUGGUCCAGAAGCAUACGGAGAUUUUCCAAACGCAGGAACUUUCACGAUGCUACUCACACUACCUUCGCUUCGAUUGGCCUUUUACUUUCGAAGACGCAUUUUUCUUUGACGAAAUGGUCCAAGCGUACUACCCAUCGCCGCUAUUCGAAAGAUAUCAUCGCGAUCUAAAGUAUUGGACAGUAACUGACAAAUUCUACGAACUGUGUCCGGAAAUGAUGAGUGACAUUGAGGGAGAUCGGCGGCGGUUCUCAGAGGUUGAAGUCAAUUAAAUUAGUUUAUCGCUUUGAACUGGACACUGUGAAACGUAUCUAGGAUCAGGACUUUAG